UACAACUAGUAUUGGCAUUAAUUAUAACUUUUCUUCAAACUGUUGUCACGUUGAUUUUGUUAAUAUUGCAUUUAUUUUAUUUUUGCUUAUUUUUAUAUCAUGGGAGCGGGCCAAAUUGGUGGAAUAGCGACAUUACUUGACAUAGAUUUUAGAAAUGCUGCUGGUUUUAUGGGAACACAAGCUGAAGUCAGCGAAGCGCAGUUUGUUGUUCAUUUUUUGUCCCAUGCCUUAAUGUUUUGCAUGGGGACGUUGAUUGAAGCUCAUGUAGUGCUUACUCCUGCAAUAUGCGUUUUUGGAGAACGUUACAAGUUUGAAGUGUACGGUGGAACUCAUAAAUUUCUAGAACAUGCUGGUAUAAGUCGAACCGUGCAGCAUUUGUGUAUUCAUAAAGGUUACAACCACACCAUGAGAUGGAAAACGUGUGCUUCCGCUAACUUAGGCUUACUCGUUCUAAGUAAACAGUUCUCGUUUCAUCAGCGGGAAUCAGGGGCUGAUUAUGUUGUUAACAGGUUACGUUAUGGUUUAACACCAACCAACACACUCAGGCGUGUAGAGGACUUACAUUGCCGUUAUUAUGGUUGGGGGAGCCGCAGAAAUGGAUAUCUUAUACCACUUUCGAUAAACCUUCGUCGGUUAGAUGUUCAUCUAUUACCGCCAGAUCAGUGUACACAAAUGUGGAACUACGAUUCACAAUUUCUUUGUAUACAACAAAAACCAUGCAAGUCAAAUAAGUUUGGGGCACUUUGUCCUGAUGAUCUUGGUUCUGUAAUUGAAUGCUCUGGUUUUGCUGUGGGUAUGAUGAUAUCAAGAUUGGUAGAUCGUCCGUGUGGAGUUGGAUUUUUAGACCUAUCUAAACAUAACAAAUUUCUAACCUGCGGUGUUGAUGACGCCAGAGAUGUAAUUGAUCAUGAUGCUUACAUGUCAUUUGACUUCACAACCUUCACUCCUCCACCAACACCUUCUGUGAUAACGGUUCCUAAUAGUCCAAUAACGGAACAUUAAAUAAAUAUUGUUGAAGAAAGUAAA